CGAAGCUAGAAAAAUGCUGAGUCGAAGUUCUUUCACACUGCUGCUCAUUGGCUUGAUGGUAUCGGAGUUCUUAAUCGGGGAUGUGAGCGGAGCACCAACCAGGAACGUAAACGAAAAAGACAAAAAGGGAGAGACAGCUUUGCAUAGAGCUGCUUUUGCUGGCAAAGUGAAGGAAGCUCAAAACCUCAUCGCUGAAGGAGCCGACCCUAAUAUUAAAAAUAAAUUUAAUGAGACACCUCUUCAUUUAGCUGCUGAGAAUGGUCACAAGAGCGUCACUGAAGUUCUCAGCCGUAAAGCAAAAGAAUUUAAUAUUAAAAAUAAUUUGCAUUACACACCUCUUCAUUUGGCAUCUAUGAAUG